AUGCAUAUUGAAGUUGAUACCUCUGGAGUUGAUGACAUGAAUCUAGCAAUGCAGGAGGCUGAUCUCUUUGAAGCUCAAGGAAAAGGGCUUUCUUUCACUUGGUGGAACAACCAAGAGUUAACUCAUAUUUCCAAGAAGAUAGAUCAUGCAUUGAUCAAUCAAAGUUGGGCUACAAAAUUCCCUGAAGGUUACGCCGAGUUCUUGGAACCACACCAGUCUGAUCACGCCCCCUGCCUCUUUCACCUUCCCUCUGCGCGAAGAAGAGUUCCAAAACCUUUUAAGUUCUAUAAUCACAUCUUGGAUCACCCGCAAUUCGAGGAAACUCUCCAACGACAGUUAUUAACAAAUCCAAACAUUCAGACAGUUGUCCAGGAGCAUGAAGCUAGAGCAAAAUGGCAGACCUUGGCCAAGGCUGAGGAAAAAUUUUAUCACCAGAGAUCCCGAGUUAAAUGGUAUGAUUUAGGAGACAGGAACACAACUUUUUACCACAAGACUGUUGAUCAGCGUGCUACUCAGAAUCAUAUUCACUUCUUAACAGCCAGUGAUGGAAGCUUGGUGAAUGGUAUUGACGCUAUAAAAGCUCAUGCGGCGGAUUAUUUCUCUGGGAUUCUUGGAUCUUCAGACAUGGCGGUAUCACCUUGCACCACUCCCGAGCUACAAGACUUGCUCCCCUUCAGAUGUUCGAAUACUCAGAUACAAGCUUUGGAAACGCCAGUACUGGAUGAUGAAAUAACCAGAACAUUAUUCUCUCUGCCUAAAGAUAAGUGUUCAGGGCCUGAUGGAUAUAAUGUGGAAUUUAUGCGAGCUUCUUGGAGUAUUGUUGGGAAAGAUGUUUGUGAACCGAUUAAGGAAUUCUUUCGGAAUGGCAGGCUACUCAAGGAUCUAAACUGUACAGCCAUUGUUCUUAUCCCCAAGAACCUUGAAGCCAGUGCACUUGGAGACUAUCGCCCAAUAAGCUGCUGUAAUAUGGUUUAUAAGCUUAUUUCCAAGAUCAUCGCGAACCGAAUAAAGCCUAUACUGAAAGAAUGUAUAAGCAAAAAUCAGGCAGCAUUUCUUAAAGGGCGCAGUCUUGGAGAGAACGUUCUGCUUGCUUCGGAUUUAAUCAUGGAUUAUGAAAAAGCGGCAUGUCCUAGGAGUUCUAUGCUCAAAGUCGAUAUCAGAAAGGCCAUCGAUACAGUCUCUUGGGAUUUCUUAAGCAAGGUUCUUGAAGCGCAAGUUUUCCUCCACUCAGUCAAUGGAGAGCUAGCUGGGUUCUUCUCUAGUAAGAAAGGGCUAAGGAAAGGUGAUUCAAUAUCACUGUACCUCUUUAUCAUGGCGAUGGAGGUGUUAUCUAAACUCCUGGAGAAAGCAGUGGGUCAGGGAGCUAUCAAAGUCCAUCCAAAGUGCGCAGAACCUCUAAUAUCUCAUAUGUUAUUCGCUGAUGAUCUCUUGGUUUUCAGCGAUGGCUCAAGACAUUCUUUAUCGGCUUUUCUUUGGAAUAAUAAAGCUGCAACGGCAAGGGGAGCUAGAGUGGCUUGGAAAGAUAUAUGCAAGCCUAAAAAAGAGGGUGGUCUAUGCAUAAGACUAUUGGAGGAGUUCGAAAUGGUUUUUAGACUUAAGCAUGUAUGGAACUAUUUUACAAACCCUGACCCUUUGUGGGUGGACUGGCUUAAGGUACAUGUGUUUCACAGGAAACCUUUUUGGAUGAUGGAAGAUAAUCCCCGACUCUCAAAGGCGGUUCAGAGUAUGGUGCAGAUGAAGGACCAACUUGUUGACUUCCUGAGAUGUCAGAUUGGAAAUGGAAAGUCAGCAAUGUUUUGGUUCGACUCAUGGAAUUCGUUAGGCCCCUUGAUUGAGUUUUUCGGAGCUUCUGGGCCGAGACAAUUAAGAAUCAGACUGUCAGCCUCUGUGGCUGAUGCAACAGCAAAUGGAGUCUGGAAUUUGCCUUCAGCAAGAUCAGAACAGAGCGUAUCACUGCAGGCAUUAUUGACAAUGAUCCCAACUCCGACUGCAUCUCUGGAUCGCGACCAAUAUCUCUGGGUCCAAGUAGAUGGGAACUUUGGUUCUGUUUUCUCAUCAAAGGUAACUUGGGAGCGUGUUAGGACUUCCUCUCCAAUACGACCUUGGUACAAAACAAUCUGGUUUAAGGAGCACAUCCCCAUAAACUUUUUCAUCUCAUGGUUAGCGUUACUACGACGCCUCCCGACGCGAGACAGACUCCGGCGAUGGGGCUUAAACGUCCCUGAUACAUGUGUUCUGUGUCAAGUUGCGGUGGAGACACAUCAUCACCUCUUCUUUGAGUGUGGAUUUUCAGAGACUAUAUGGGCUUACUUUGCAGCAAAGGUCUGGCCGAACCCGCCUCUGGACUUGCAUUCAGCGGCUGCGUGGAUCAACAUGGCUAGGAACAACUUUUCACCGCAAGCUCGGUGCAUAAUCAAGCUCGUGUUUCAGUCCUCCAUAUACCUAAUAUGGAAGGAAAGAAAUUUGAGGAUAUUCACUUCCACCUCCUCCACCACUAACACUGUUCAUUCUGCUGUGGACAGGAAAAUAAGAGACCAACUGCUCUCCAUCCAGCCAUCUCCUCGCAUCCAGCCUUCUUUCCUCCAGUUCUUCUUCGCUUGUACCAGACCACUGUGA